AUGGCGAGCCGUACCCAUACAGUACCUUCGUUAGAUCGAUGUCGACGUCGUCGGGUAAUUGUUGAUUCAUCCGGCAGCGAUAGUGGAGAUGGUACGGAAGUCGAAGUCUUUCCGUUGUCGCGUCCGACCCGUUGGCUCGGUGAUGACGAUUUUUCCGAUACUUCCUCAUCCUUGGAAGGGCACCUUCGUAAAUUGGAUUUGAAGCACUCACGUUUGGACGAUGAGAUUCAAAGGUUAGCUCGAGCAUCGAUAGACGGCGCUGUUCGGGAUACAGUGGAAGAGUCGUUUGACCUUUCCAUAGGAGACUCGAGUUCCAGUGGAAGCGUGGAUGGCCCAAAUCUUUGCGAAAAAGAGGAUCCCACAGAGCUUCCAUUGGGUUCCAACUGGAUUUGUGAUCGGAAAAGCAAUGAAAUGUUAUUGCGUGCCCAGGAAAGCGACACAACAGAAGUCGACUGGCCAGAUCUGCGCAUACCUCGUGGGCUCUUUCAAAAGCUUUUUGACUACCAGAAAAGUGGUGUCCAGUGGAUGGGGACACUCCAUCAGGUUGGCAUCGGAGGUGUGCUAGGAGAUGAUAUGGGAAUGGGUAAAACAUACAUGGCAUUGACCUUCUUAGGAGGAUUGAUGCGAACUGGCGUAAUACGGAACGCACUCAUCGUUUCACCUGUCUCUGUUUUACGCUCCUGGGAAAAAGAGGCCCAGAAUGUUUUGACCCAGUGCGUUCACGAUGUUCGCAUUGCUGUCCUUUCCAGCACCCAGAGUCAACAGCGCGAUAGAAUUUUGCUUAAAGCCUUGGAAGACGAAUCGUCAAAUUAUUUGAUUAUUACGAGUUACGGACAAGUCCGGUCGGCCACUUUGAGUUUCGUUCAAAGUGAUUGCUGUUUCGACUACGUGGUGCUGGAUGAGGGUCACCAAAUCAAGAAUCCUACCAGCGCAACCAGUCGGGCUUGUCGCCGGAUCUGCCGCAGUCGCGAGACGCAUCGGCUCUUGCUGACAGGAACGCCUAUACUCAACAAUCUUAAGGAACUCUGGGCACUUUUUGAUUGGGCAACGAGUGGGCAGAUUCUCAACAAGCUGAAAACUUUCACGAAUUACUUCGCUCGACCAAUCGAAGACGCUCGCAACAAGAAUGCGACAACACAUGCAAUCAAACUGGGACAACGGGUGAACAAGGAACUUCAGGAGAAGCUCAAGCCGUACUUUCUGCAACGCCUCAAAGUUGACUUUCUCAUAGACAAACUUCCGUCGAAAAACGAACUUGUUGUUUGGACGCAUUUGAGUUCAAAACAGCGUACAAUGUACUCCGACUUCGUGGACUCCAAGGAAUCAGUGGUAAGCUCGAUCCUUUCUGGUGAAACCAGAUCGCCGUUGGAAGCCGUUACAUGGCUGAAAAAGCUCUGCGGGCAUCCUAUUCUAGCAGAAGAACUCGCAAUCAAUGUUGGACGUUUACUUGCUACGGCCAGUCCUGAUGAUUUGGUCCAGCAAUCGGCCAAGCUCUGUAUUCUCUUGUCGUUGAUCGAAAACUUUCGCCAGAACGGCCAUCGAACCCUCAUUUUCUCGCAGAGUACGAAAAUGUUGGAUAUCAUAGAGAAAACGCUUCUAUCCGAGGGGGUGGAACUGUUGCGUAUUGACGGUAGCUCCAAAGAACAAGACCGACAGCGUUUUGUGGACGACUUCAACUCAAACACUUCCACAACGGACGCGAUGCUACUGUCAACCAAAGCAGCUGGGGUCGGCCUUACCCUCGUUGGUGCCGACCGAGUGAUUAUUUACGAUCCAAGCUGGUACGUCUCAGAAGCUCGUUUCGCGUUGCAAGAGCAGCGCCACCUGGAAUGUGCUAUUGCUGUGACACUAUUGUUGUUCUCACUCCUUUCCAAUAGGACUCCUGCCGAAGACUCACAGGCUGUGGAUCGCUGCUAUCGGAUUGGCCAGACUCGUGACGUUGUGGUGUAUCGCUUGAUCGCUGCUGGUACCGUGGAGGAAAAGAUGUAUGAGAAGCAAGUGCACAAGGAUGGAAUCCGUCGUACUGUGUUCACAGAAGACACGUCGGUGGAGCGCUAUUUCGACAAACUAGAGUUGCGCAAGCUCUUUGCGCUGGGAGCUCCGGGUGUUUGCGAGGUCAUGGAGAAAGUGCAGAAAGCAACGCAAGGCGUCGAGAGCAAGUGGGAUCAGCACGAAUUCGUCCUGUCACAAAGUGGGGUUGUUGGUCUAUCCCGUCACGACGGCUUUUACUCGCAAGCCGCCGAAGAGAUUUCUGACAACGAAGAACCCCACGAGCCGUUGUUCUCGGGCAAAGCUGCGGGUGCGCAAGUAUUUGGUCGCGCACAGCGCAUUCUAGAGAAAGAAAGCUAUUCCCAAGUCCGGGCACGUCGCCAAGCCCGUCAGCACUUGUCGAACCAGGUUGCUGUGGAGGGUGACAAGGAAAACGCUGCCGUACAGGUCUCCGUGACGGAUUCUGGUUGCAACCCCAAUGGUGCUGUGGGAAAAGACACGCCCACGGAAUUGCCGGUACGCACUGAAACCGAAGUGGCGCCUUGUGACGUACUACAGCACGUGGAGGAGCUGUUGACUAAUGGGCAGCCCAAGCGUGCCAUGGAGAUCAUGGUGGAAUUGUUGGAAGGUCGGUACGAUGAGUUGAGCAAGGAUGAACGGAUGCAGCUACACCAACAAUGUUCAGAUACUGCCGUGUUGCUAGGCAUUUCCUUUUCGUAA